AUGAAAUUUCUGGUGGAGAAAUUUGCCUUCCCUGUUCCACUCUUUCGCAUACACAAUCUGGGUGUUAUCGAACGAAUUUCUCGAGUAUUCAGAGCUCCUACCUGCACUCAAUUGACACAACUCAUAAUGGCCGAGUUAGAACAGGGAAAUCCUACAAAGUACCCAAAACAUGUCCAGAAGUUCCCGGCACGAACGCAGGCAGGAAUAUCUGAUUCGAAUUUUCGAGCACGGCAAGCAAACUUUGGAUACUUCUACCUUGCUCUAGGCUUCAUCCGAUCGAUCCGAAAGCUCGGACAAGGCCGCGGAAGAUUCUUCCGAUUCCAUGGAAAGGGCACAGCAGCAGCUAGCUACCCGUGGCUCAUCCAAUCCGCACCCAUGAUGACGGUGUCGUCAACGCCUGCCGUCUUGAGGGCCACAUUUAGCUCCCGGAGAAGGAGGCGAGCCUGGGGGAGGCUGCAGCUGGUUGUCGGGUUGAACAAGAAGGUUCCUGAAAAUCCUGGAGAGGGAAGGGCCGAUGGCGAUCGCUCUUCUGAUGAAUACGAAGGUCGUGGGGAACCGGGUAUCGGUAGAUGCUACGGUGAACGUGCAGAAUACGGAGAUUGCUCGAUUGACAGAGAGCGAGCGAUUGAUAGAGUGCAUGAAAAGUUUCCGACCGGCAGAAAGCGCCGGCAGCGUCUGACAGGUUCCGGACGAGAGAUUGCAGACGAAAUACUCACUGCGGCGGACGAGCUCGACGGAGACGCAGGCGAAGUCCUGGCCGAAGUCGCCCUUGAGAUUCCAGCAGGCUUUGGCGAUGUCGCCCAGGAAGGACAUGACGGGGAUCCAGCGGCAGUCGGCCGAAUCGUACUCCCAGAGGCGGAUGGAGAAGUCGUACUGGUUCAUGUCGAAGCUCUGGCCCAGGAGCACGAGGCGGCCCUGGCGCUCGUACACCGAAGGCUUGUAGACAUUGAGCACGGGGAUGUCGGCCAAUCGAGAGGGGAAGAGCGAGCCGGCGUCGGGGCAGAAGCGCCAGGCGCUGAAGAGCGAGUCGGAGUGGCAGGUGACGAAGAAGAGCGCGUCGCGGACGAUGGUGGCGUCGUAGACGAAGCCGACGUCGACGAGCUGCUGCGACGCGCCCUCGCCGACGGUCAUGGUACGGCCGAGGUGGAACUGGAACUGCGACCAGGCGUCGCGCCCGACGUCGUAGGCGUCGAGCGUCCACACGUCGCAGCGCUCGUGCUUGGCGCACUUCUCGAACCAGGGCCCGAGCAGGACCUGGAAGGCGUCGCGCGGCCGGUUGUCGACGAGCUUCUUGACCUUGGCCCAGAACAGCGCGGGGCCUUUCUCCUUGAGGUGCAGCGGCAGAUUGAGCAGGCGGUGCGACUGCGUGAACGGGUUCACCAGGUAGAUGAUCUCGCUCUUCUGCUUGGACGGGCAGGCCGGGCAGGUGGCGCGCCCGCGGUGCUCCGAGCUGCGGCAGCGCUCGGUGCCCAGCGAGGGCUUGGGCUGCUGCCGCCGGAAGAAGAUCAUGAACACGCCGCCCUUGACUGCGACCACGCGCACGAACCGAGUGCAUGUGCUCCCCAGCCCGCCAUGCAGGAACAUAUUGAACCACGUCCGCGGGAAGAUGCUCCAGCGGUCGCCCUGCGGGCUGAAGAACUGGAAGUCGCAGUCGGAGCAGAACUUGCCCUCGAGCAUGCACUUGUGCGCGCCGGGGCGCAGGUAGAGCGUCAGGUCCGAUUCGGGGAACGCCGACGAGAGGAAGAGCGGGACGCCGCUCGAGGGCGAGCUCAGGCGCAGGAAAUUCGCGUCGCGCAGGAUCGCGCUCCACCGCCUGCACACGGCGCGCAGGCGGAAUUUGUCCUGCCACGGCAGCCGCGCCAGCACCAGCAUCAGCAGCUCCUCCGGCAGCUGCUUGACGAGGGGCGGCUCCAUGGCGCUGCAAUCCUUGUGCUGCAAUCCUGCGGGCGAAUUCGCGAGGGCGAGACUUCGCGAUGGCAUCGCUCGCCUCGUCGUCGUCCUCGAACGCUUGCGCAGCAGCCUCUAUCAGUCGGCAAGGGAAGGGAAUGGAAUGGAAUGGAAGAAAGUCAGCGCGCCCGCCCUGUCUCCUCUCGCCUCGCCUCGUCUCGUCUCGUCUUCUCCCGCAAAAUCUCCUCGAGAUCUCAGAAAGCUGCUGCUGCUGCUGUAGGCAGAUAG